GUUGACGAGGACGGCGGCGACAAUGAGCGCUCCGCGUCGGCUGACGCUAGUCGCAGCAGCGGUGGCGCCACAGCCACGAUCUGCCAUGUGACUUCGGUCUGGGAGCCGCUUUGGUCCGCUGCAGGAGGCGCCACGAGCUCAGCCUCCGACCGCAACGGACCCCCCAACACCACCUUCAACACCGCCGCGCCUGCCGCCACCGCCGCCGACGGCGCCAUCGACCCAAGCCCUCUCCAACUUCGCGUGCAAGACCCUGGCCGUGGCUACACCGCAGCCGCCUCCGCCGCCACCGUCGCACUCGCAAACCUAACGCAGCGCUCCAAGGACGCGCUGCUGGCGGCGCUAGCCGGCGGCGGCGCAGGUCUCCUGGCGGCCCAAGACGCCCUCCACGCCGCCGCUACCGAGCUUCUCAACAUGCAGCUCACGCCAAAC